UAAGAGUUAACCGCCCAUUUGUUGUUUACAAACGAAAACAGCUGAUCAAAACAUUCCCCCAAAAAUGCCAUUGAAAAAGAUUCCAAAUGUUAUAUCUCCACAUUUGCUACAAGUACUAGCACUGAUGGGACACGGAGACGAAAUAGUAUUAGCAGAUGCUCAUUUUCCAUCAUCCUCGAUAUGUCGAAGUGGACCAAUUGAAGUUAGAGCUGAUGGGAUGGACAUUCCUACAUUAUUGGAUGCAGUACUACAGUUACUUCCCUUAGACCAAUAUGAAAACUUUCCAGUUUCUUUAAUGGAUUUAGUACAAAGUGAUAAAGAUCGUAAUCUUCAGACACCAGUCUGGUCAAAGUACAGAGAAAUUAUUAAUAAGCACGAGAGUUCAAAGAUACAGAUAGAAAAGGUUGAAAGGUUUGCAUUUUAUGAAAAAGCAAAGAAGGCAUUUGCAGUUGUUCAUACAGGGGAGACGGCGCAGUAUGGAAAUAUAAUCUUGAAAAAGGGAGUUGCUCUUUAAAUAGUUUCCUGUCAACAGAAGAUGUCCAGUGAAAACCAUUUUCUUAUAAAGAUGCUGCUGACUAAAUUCAGAAAGUGUAUUCUAGAAUAUAAUUAAAUUGGGUGCAAUAUACUUAAAACAGUUUAAAAAAAAUAUAUAUAUAUAUUUAUACUUAUUUUUUGGGGAUGAAUUUUAAAAUGAAAUAAUGUAGUAAAGGUGGUAUGUUUAUUGCUGAAUAAACAAUAACGUACAAUAAACUAUGAUUACUGAC